AUGUUCGCUCUCAAGACUGCUAUCAUCUCCCUCCUGGCCGCUACCACCGCGCUUGCCGCACCAGCGCCGGUCGAGCGUGCUGGCGCACCCGAAAUCUACAGCCACUUCCAGACGAUCAACGGCGGCAACUUCUGUCUUGACCUGCGCGAUGGUGUCGUGGCCAACGGCACGGCUGCUCAGCUCUGGGAAUGCGUGUACCCGAACGACAACCAGCUCUUCACUCAAGGAACAGGAAGUGCAAUCCACUCCACCAAGAGCUGGUGGUUCGUUCUCGACGCCGGCCUCAACCCUCAAAACGGCUCCAAGGUCCACUUCUGGCAGUACUACUACUGGAACCCCUCCCCCAACAUCCUCCCACAGCAAAACUGGGAGUGGGUGCAGACUAGGUGGGGGCCGUACAACUACCUCAAGCUCAAGGACUAUGGUGCGUGUUGGACAGAGGAAGACGGCAUCGCGCCCCAUGAACAAUGGCUAACGCGCUCAGACCUCUGCCUCGACGUCACGGACGGCGGAUUCUACAAUGGCAACCAGCUCCAAGUGUGGAAGUGCACCCAGGGACCAAACCAGCUCUUCAAAUCCGUCGCACUGGAACAGGCUGGCAAGCCUCUCACCCCUCCUCAGCAGUGA